AUAUGCGAUGAAAAUCGUUUACAAAAAUUACAAAAAAGUUUGCUCAAGCGCGUUUAGGACUGGAAAUAAAUCAAAUUUCUUGUUUUAUGUGGUUUUCGCAUUAAUCAUUUAUUCGAUUACAUGGAUUAUUAGAGGCUUUUUAGAUGUUGAUUAUAAUCUUCUUGUAAGCAUCAAUGAGAGAACCAGUGUUAUAGAAAAUGAAUUAAAGAAACAAUUGGACUACAUUGUAAAAGAAAACAACAAUGUUAAUGUACAAAGUACUAAUCAACAAAUUCCUCCAUGGCUAGAUUUGGUAAAUAUGGAAAUGUACUUUAAAAAAAGCCUUUUUCUUGGCAACAGCCGCAAAAAAAAAUCCUUUCUUGUCAUGGGUGUGCCAACAGUUUAUCGGAAAAAGGGAUUUUACAUUAUUAAUACUUUGCAAUCGUUAGUAAAUAAUCUCAACAAAAAAGACUGCGACAAAGUUGUAAUUGUUGUUUUUGUUGCAGACUUUCAUCAAGAUUACUUUCAAAAAGUAUUAAAUCAUGUAAAAUCAAAUUUUUCUGAAGAAGUAAGCGCUGGAUUAAUACAGGUUAUUCAACCCUCUGCAUUCUUCUACCCUAGUAUGAAAGAUAUUCCUACGCUGUACGGUGAUUCAAUAACACGCACAAUAUGGAGAUCGAAGCAGUCACUUGAUUACGCUUUUCUUUUUUAUUAUUGCGCAGAUCUUGCCCAGUUUUAUAUUCAACUUGAAGAUGACAUCAUAGCUGAAGAAAAUUAUUUAGAAAAAGUUAGUGAGUUUAUUAAAAAUAGUGACGAUUGGUCAAUUUUAGAAUUUGGUGCUAGAGGAUUUAUUGGCAUGACGUACCGCAGCAAACACCUAAAAUUGCUUUCUAAGUUUGUUCGUUUUGCUUACUGGACUAUGCCGGUAGAUUGGACUUUUCGUUAUUUUAACGACUUAUUUUUAAAUGGGAAAUCUCACAAAACUAAGUCACCAAUUUUUAAACAUGUUGGUCAAUUCUCCUCAUUAGAUGGUCAAGUCAGAAAUCUUGAAGACAUAGUUGGUCAUUCUGAACAGGUAGGUGUUCAUAUUUACCAAUCCAAAGAUGGCAAUCCUAAAGCCGAAAUAAAAACUUCAAUGAUUGAAAUUGUUAAACCUCAUGAAAUAACCAAUCCUUAUGGUAAAUCGGGCCAGUUUUGGUCAAAAAAGGUUAAAGUUGGUGACACUAUCGACAUUAUUUUUGAAAAACUUACUAAAAUAUCAAAACUAAUUAUUUCAAGUGGAAAUUCCCAACAUCCUGCUGAUAUAUUGUAUGACACUGAACUUCUGGCAAGCAUGGAUCAUUCGUGUGCAAAAUAUACAUUAUUAAAAACAUUUUUUAAUUCUAAUAUAGUUGAAUAUAACUUUAAUGAUGUGUCAGGCUUAGUAAAAUGUUUGCAAUUAAAAAUACUAAGUACUGGUCACGAUGAAUAUAAUAGACCUACAUGGUUGAUUAUUUCGGAGAUUGCUGUUCUUUUAUAAUAGUAU